CGAAAACAACAAUAGUAAAAACAAAAACUAAAAAAAAUAAAUGGGAUGGGAUCCACGGCUUCUUUCUGUAUUGUCGGCGUUAGCAACGGUAACUUGCCGGAAAAUCCGUUUGUUCGUCACCCAUCCGAUAUGGCCGACUCGCCGACUCAGUUUGCCAUAGAACUGAAUAACACACCCUGUCCUUCUCCCCGGCCUCCGAUCCCCAUAGAGAUCAUUAGCGACGAAGAAAUGGCUCUUAUCGAAGCUGCGUUAGCCGCAACGCGCCCUUCCCUCUCCUCUUCUUCUUUGACUCAGUUUCAGAGAAGCGCCAGGUCCAUCCACUCCAUAACUCUGACGUCAAAGCGGCGGCUUUCGGGAUGUACGGAGACUGGCUUGUCAUCGGUCGGCGAUAUUGAGGAUGGUCGGAAUCGGACUAUUAUAAGUCCCCGGAAGAAGAACCGGUUCACCCAAUCACUUUUACACCAGUUUCGGAGGAAGAGAGGCUUGGCUGUUACUGAUAUUACUGCCACAGAGUGGUGUGAAAAGCAAAUGGAAUAUUUCCUUCUCCUCGGUAAACCAGAAGUCAGUAAAGCUAUGAAAGCGGGUAGCAUGCGACAUGCAGCUCUUGAAGAAGAGGUUGUCAAAAGAGUAAAAGUUUCUGCCCAGUCCAAGGAAGAUGUAUGGGCAAUCAAGAUCAUUAAUUUUAUGGUUGGUGCCAAUCAGUUAUUAUUUGACGGGUUGACACGUGAAUUACCCAUAAUAGGCUUUGCUGAAGGAGUAUGGGUGGUUGGAGUGAUAGAUGAAAUACGAAUGCCUACAGAAGAAAAUGACAGAUUCCCCAUCUUAGUUGACACGAAAACACGUGUGCGAGCUACUCUUCCUUCUGAACCACAGCGCAGGAAUGGAAGGCUUCAAUUAAUGUGCUACAAGCUCCUCUGGGAUAACGUGGUUGCUGAUAAAUUUCCCUCUGGAAGGUUCUUUGAUUUCUUCUCAUUAAAUCCGAACUGUAUUUUAUCUGCUGAAAUCCGAGAGAAUACAAACAAUUCAGGCUUUCCAGCAGAGACUCUUGGUGAACUCAUGGGAUAUUUUCGAAAUGCUUGUUCUAUGCUUCCACGAGCACAUGACAAGCUGUUGUUGAGGUAUGAAUUGCAAGAAGAUCAAUCGUUUCUUGGUGAAGAUGAGUUUGCACAUGAUUCAGAUUGGGUGAAGAGUCAAAUACAGGGUUGUUUAGAAUUCUGGCGUGGUGAUCGUGAAGCUAUUUGUACUCCCAUGGAGGAGCGUUGGAAAUGCAAGAGUUGCAAAUUUGCUUCAGUCUGUCCAGCGGAAAACACUGGUUUACCAAGUUUGCAAGAGAAGACAGAACAUAAAUAAAUCAUCUGAAGAGCCCAAAAUAUUUUAGGUUGCUUCUUUCUCAAAUCUCUUUAAGAACCCAACAACUUAAUUUAUAAGAUUUGCUGUUGUAAAAGAUUCUUUAACGAAAUGGAUGUAAACCUAAUUUGAACAAAUGAUUAUGUGAAGUAAAUAUGGAUGUGUUCACAAACUUCGUCGGCAAA